UUUUAACAUAAAUGCUCUCUUACAUAUAAAAAAAAAAAAGUUGAACCAAAAAAAAAAAAAACUGAUAUACUUAUACACCUAAAUUCACUACAUUUUUCAAGAAUCCAAAAAAAAAAUAAAAAAUCCAUUCUUGAUUUUUCUUACUAUAUUCAUAAACUUAAAUUCACUACAUUUUUCAAGAAUCCAAAAAAGAAAAAAAAAAUCUCCACUCUUGAUUUUUCUUCUUUCUUGUUUGCUUUGUAUAUGCUAGAUCUCAAACCCCUUCAAUGGCCCUUUACAACUUCCUUCUUGUUGUUGUCACCUUGUUCAUUUUCACUUCAUUCACAUUUUCAGAUGAUGGUACUGUUAUGUCAAAGUUAAAAGCAGCUAUAUCUCCAAAUGGUUGGGAUAAAGCUUCUUUCUGUGAUUGGUCUAAAGUUACAUGUGAUAAAUCAACUGGAUCAGUUGUGUCUAUAAAUCUUGAUUCUCAGGGACUUUCUGGAGUUUUACCACCUGAGUUGAGUCAGCUUGUAAGUCUCAAGACUCUUUCUGUUCAAAAGAACAAGCUUUCUGGUGCUUUGCCUUCAUUUGCUAAUAUGAGUAAUCUAGCUGAGUUGUAUUUGGAUAACAAUGAGUUUAGUUCUGUUCCUCAAGGGUUCCUUUUGGGGCUUGUUAGUUUAAGAGUUUUUAGUAUUGGUGAGAAUGUAAAGCUUGGACCUUGGGAGAUUCCAGGGUAUUUGAGGGAUAGUGUUAAUUUGGGUAGUUUAUAUGCUUCUAAUGCAGGUAUAUUUGGUGUUAUGCCUGAUUUCUUUGAUGCUUUUCCGAAUUUACAAGAUAUAAGGUUGUCGUAUAAUAAUUUAACGGGAGGUUUGCCUAGUAGUUUUGGUGGUUCUGAGAUAAGGAAUUUAUGGUUGAAUAAUCAGGAUAGAGGGUUAACAGGUAGUAUUGAUGUGAUUUCAAGAAUGCCACUGUUGUCUAAAGUGUGGUUACAUGCUAAUUUGUUUAAUGGUCCGAUUCCUGAUUUGUCGAAAUGUGAGAAUAUAGUUGAUUUGAAGCUAAGGGAUAAUCAGUUUACGGGUGUUGUACCGGAUUCAUUGACGAAUCUUCCUAAACUGAUGAAUGUUUCGUUGCAAAAUAAUAAGUUGCAAGGUCCAAUGCCGCGGUUUAAAGAUGGGGUUUACGCGGAAAUUGGGACUACGAAUAGUUUUUGUUUGUCUACUCCUGGACCUUGUAAUGAACAGGUUACAGCACUUAUAGCUGUGGCUGGUGGUUUUGGAUAUCCUACGGAAUUGGCUGAUUCUUGGAAAGGAAAUGAUGCUUGCGAUGGAUGGUCGCAUGUAAGUUGUGAUGGAACGAAAAAGAAUGUGGAUGUUAUAACACUUGGUAAGACACGUUUGUCAGGUUUUAUAUCUCCUGCUUUUGCGAAUUUGACUAGUUUGAGGAGUUUGUUGUUGAAUGAUAAUAAUCUUACUGGAUCUAUACCGGUUAGCUUGACAGCUUUGCCUAAGCUUCAAACUCUUGAUGUUAGUAACAACAAUUUAUCUGGUCCGAUACCUAGUUUUCGACCGGAUGUGAAGUUUAGUAAUAGUGGUAACUUGUUGCUUGGAAAGACUAUUGGUGGUGGAGGGGGUAGUGGUGGAUCACCGGGGUCUGGGUCAAGCUCUAGUAGUGAUGGUGGAGAUUCAUCUGGUGGUUCGAAGGGGUCGACCCCUUCAGCUGGAAUGAUUGCUGGUGUGGUUAUAUCUGUCGUUAUAUUUGUCUUAGUUGUGAUGUAUGUGUCUUACAAAUGUUAUAUAAAGAGACGGCAUAAGAGAUUCGGGAGGGUUGAGAUGCCGGAAAGAAGCAAUGAAAUGGUUAAGCCUGUUGUAGUGAUUGGUAACGGAUAUGCAGGAGUCCCAAGUGAAUUACAGAGCCAGAGCAGUGGUGAUCAUAGUGAGAUGCCUAUAUUUGAAGGUGGAAAUAUUGCCAUUUCCAUUCAGGUGCUUCGACAAGUGACAAACAACUUCAGCGAAGAAAAUAUUUUGGGCAGAGGAGGAUUUGGAGUCGUUUAUAAGGGUGAAUUACACGAUGGGACUAAGAUCGCUGUGAAGAGGAUGGAAUCUGGAGCAAUGGGUACUAAAGGGAUGAACGAGUUCCAAGCUGAAAUCGCGGUCCUUACUAAGGUUAGGCAUAGGCAUCUGGUCGCUCUUCUUGGUUACUGUGUUAACGGCAACGAGAGACUUUUGGUGUAUGAGUACAUGCCACAGGGAACUUUAAGUCAGCAUUUGUUCGAAUGGCAAGAACAUGGCUACCCAAUUUUGACCUGGAAGCAAAGGGUAACAAUAGCAUUAGAUGUUGCAAGAGGAGUCGAGUAUCUCCACAGCUUGGCUCAGACAAGUUUUAUCCAUAGGGAUUUGAAGCCCUCUAACAUACUUCUUGGCGAUGACAUGAGAGCCAAGGUUGCUGAUUUUGGAUUGGUCAAGAAUGCUCCCGAUGGGAAAUAUUCUGUUGAGACACGGCUGGCUGGAACGUUUGGCUAUCUGGCGCCUGAAUAUGCUGCUACUGGACGAGUCACGACUAAGGUAGAUGUGUAUGCAUUUGGAGUUGUUCUAAUGGAGAUCCUAACUGGUAGAAAAGCAUUAGACGAGACCUUGCCAGAUGAGAGGUCCCAUUUGGUCACUUGGCUUCGCAGGGUCCUUGUCAACAAAGACAACCUCCGAAAGGCUAUUGACCCGACACUUAAUCCCGACGAGGAAACAUACGAGAGCAUUUGUAAGGUCGCCGAGUUAGCAGGUCAUUGCACUGCACGAGAACCGUUCCAGCGCCCCGAUAUGGGACAUGCCGUCAAUGUACUUGCACCCCUCGUAGAGCUGUGGAAGCCUACGAGAAAUGAAGACGAAGACAGUGGCAUCGACCUCCAUAUGAGCCUUCCUCAAAUCCUUCAAAGAUGGCAAGCUGAUGAAGGUACUUCAAGAAUGUUCGAUGACUUUUCCUACACUCAAACACAGUCAAGCAUACCCUCGAAACCUUCCGGAUUCGCAGAUAGUUUUAAUUCAACAGAUUGCAGAUGACAGAAAGAUGACAGAAAGGCAAUGCAUAUUUUGGGGUAACAGAUCAAGAAAGGCCCACAAAUUCAUUUGGUUUCUUCUUAACAACGCGUUUUACUUUGUCUUCAUAUAGUUUUAUUUGGCUGGACAGCAGAUAUAUAUUUUUUUUCUAUGUGGUUUUGUUAGAAGAGAAAUUGUAUUAAAUUCUUUAAUCUUACAUAGAUAAUGUAAAUAGAUUUGAGUUCUUAUAUGAACAUGCAAAAUAUACUCUUCCUACUAAGUUUAAUAUUUACCUCCAAGGUAGGGGUAAGAUCUGCGACUCUA